AUGAGCUUGAUAACUGCCGGUACGUUAAUCACAAUGAAGCUACUCAAAUUCGUCAAACUAAUCAUGAAAAUUGGAGUUUCCCUAGGCGGUCUCGUGUUGGCUGGAUUAUAUUCGUACCAGUCCAAGCUUAUUUAUCCUGCUUCAAUCAACGAUGGAAGGGGCCACUGUGCCACUCCAGAUGAAUACAACAUGCCUGACUACGAACUAGUGGAGUUAAAAACUAAAGAUGGUGAAACUUUGCAAGGCUAUCUGUUGAAACAUGACGUGAAGUCUCCCACAUAUAAAAACAAGACGGUGUUGAUGUUAUCUCCUAAUGCCGGGAAUAUAGGACAUGCUCUACCAAUCGUGUCAGUUUUCUAUCUUAAUUUUGGGUAUAAUGUGUUCAUCUACUCAUAUAGAGGAUAUGGGAAGUCCACGGGCCAGCCUUCUGAGAAGGGGCUCAAAGUGGAUGCACAGACUGUGGUGAAGUACUUGAGGGAAGAUAAGCAAUUUCUGAACAGUUCACUCAUUUUAUACGGUCGGUCUUUGGGAGGUGCCGUAACUAUCUACAUAGCAGCUACCAUGUCAGAUGCUGUUAGUGGGAUCAUAUUGGAAAAUACCUUUCUUUCCAUUCCUAAGACAGUUCCUCAUAUAUUUCCAUUCUUAAAAUAUGCUGCAAGGUUUGUUCACCAGGUGUGGGAUCUGGAAUCCCUUGUACCUAAAAUACCCGUCAGAAUUCCUGUGUUACUUUUGAGUGCAAGAAAGGACGAAAUUGUGCCUCCGAACCAUAUGGACAGAAUAUUUGAACUCCUUGAAACUGACAAUAAAUCCUUAGUGAAAUUUCCUGACAGUCAACAUAAUGAUACAGUGAUUCAAGAUGGGUAUUGGGAUAAAGUACAAAUGUUCAUAAAAGAGAAUAUCAACCCGGUUGGAUACUAA